ACAAAAUCAGCUGGGCAAGUGACGUUCAUAAAUUUACUUGGUAUCUUCUCGCAAAGUGGCUUUUCACAUUUAAUAAAAACGUUGCGAAGAUACGGACCAGAAUACGGAAAGAUCUUAUAGAGGAAGAAUACGGGCGACGGAAAGUAAAGAUGAUGAAAUAUUAGGGAUUCUGGGACUCAUUUUUAUAAGGAUUAACAAGAAAAUUUAUGUUUAAUUAUACUCAAAAAUUCAAUAAACAAAAAACACGUUCGACACGCCGCGCGCUUAUUACCAUUCUAAGGUGAAGUGAAGGUGGAGUGGUUCUUAUUGUGAUACAAAAACAAAAUAUAAAAGAAAUAUCCAAAUGCCUAUAUGAGAGUGUGAAAAAAAUUACAUAGUGCGAUUAAUUGUUAGAUAAGUGACAAGUAUUUAGAAGAAGCAGCAUCUAAACAAAGAAAUUAGAGCAGUUUGCAAUUCAAUGCUUUAUCAUAGCAUCUUUCGGAUUCGCAUAAACAUUCAAACCCAAGACUCAGGCCCCCACAACAAAGGGCUAUUGGCAAUUGUUUAACAGCUGUUUUGCCAAAGUAGAAAAAAAGGCAACAUCACCCGCUCCCAAAAAAACCAAACAAAACAUUUUAGCAAAUACUCUUUGGCCAUAGAAUUAAGGCAAUGCUAACGGAAUAACGAAUUUAACAACAAUAUAAACUCACGAAACAACGAGAAGGUCAUAUAAAAUUCUCAAUCUCCCCCCUCAAUCGUUGCUGCCGUCUUAAAUUGGUCUACGUGACGUGAGAAUUCACAUCAGUUUGGUUUACUUGCUCACUUCACUCUUCUUGUUGCCGCUCUUGUAUUUGUGCUCUCCACCACCGCCGGCUUUGCCUUUAAAUACAUGCAUCUAGUAAACACCCCACUACAGCAACAACAACACCAACAACAUCAUCAUCAUCUGUAACAUACGGGAAGAAUUUAAUUUUUUUUUUACAAUUACAAAUCGUGUUCUGUGGGCAGUAGUGGUGUAGUGGAGGAGGAGGAGCAGCAGCAGCCGCAGUUACAUUGUUGUUAAUUACCAAGCUUUGGGUUCUGGUUUCUUAAUUUAUUCGACAGGCUACAAAACUAAACAAAACAAAAAAUCGCCAAAAUGCGGCUGUUUCCGGUGCGAUUUUCGAGUAGCAUACCGAAAAUGAUUGAUUUCUAUUCGCAAUUUAAUCCAUCGCCUCUCUCCAUAAAACAAUUUAUUGAUUUCGGUCAAAAUGCCUGCGAAAAGAAAUCUUAUAUUUUUCUGCGCAAGGAACUUCCAGUGCGUUUGGCCAAUAUCAUGAAGGAGAUUGCUCUGUUGCCCGAUAACCUAUUGCACACACAUUCAGUGAAUCAAGUCAACUCAUGGUAUGUGAAGAGUUUCGAAGAAGUCUUGGAAUAUGAAAAGGCUGAUCCCACGCAUGAUAAUCUAAAAUCAUUCUGCAGUGCCUUGGAGCACAUACGAAAUCGUCAUAGUGAUGUGGUUCAAACCAUGGCUCAGGGUGUCCUUGAAAUGAAGGCUAUCGAAAAUGGCAAUGUGGACUCAUCGAUGGAAACCUCAGUACAAUAUUUUCUGGAUCGCCUUUAUAUGUCACGUAUUAGCAUACGCAUGUUAAUCAAUCAGCACACAAUACUAUUUGGUCAAUCAGCAGAAAGUCAAGGACGUCAUGUUGGUUGCUUAGAUCCUGCCUGUAAACUCUCCGAUGUUGUGCAUGAUGCCUACGAGAAUGCCCGUUUUCUAUGUGACCAAUACUAUUUGGUUAGUCCAGAAUUGGAAAUCGAAGAACACAAUAGAAUGCCCGGUGAAUCGUUACCCAUACGCACAGUGUAUGUUCCCUCACAUCUGUAUCAUAUGCUCUUUGAGCUCUUCAAAAAUUCUAUGCGUGCUGUUGUGGAACAUCAUGAUCAGGAUGAAUGUGAUAAAUUGCCCCCCAUUAAAGUUGUGAUUGUGCGUGGCAAAGAAGAUAUUUGUGUAAAGAUCUCAGAUCAAGGUGGCGGCAUUGCUCGCUCACAAACCGAUCAAUUGUUUAAGUAUAUGUAUAGUACGGCUCCCCAGCCCUCCAAAUCGGAUUUGCACACUGUACCUUUGGCUGGCUAUGGGUAUGGUCUGCCUAUAUCACGUUUGUAUGCUCGCUAUUUCCAUGGUGAUAUUGUGCUAUUGUCAUGUGAAGGUUAUGGCACUGAUGCCAUUAUUUAUUUGAAGGCUUUAUCCGAUGAGGCUAAUGAAUUGCUACCCAUCUUCAAUAAGACAAGUUCGAAAUUCUAUAGGGCCACUGUACCGACUGGCGACUGGUCGAAUCAGGUAAAACAUUCUAAAAAGAAACGAGACAAAACAAAUGACGAGAAACAAGACAUUGUACAUGCCUCCAACUGACAUUUGUAGUAGUAUGCGAGACACAUGGUGGGGCCAAAAACACUACUCCACCAAUACACACACACACAAACACACGUUCAACAAACGAAGAAUAUAUGUGACAACAAUUAAUUGGCAAAUUUCCUUUUCAUAUAAACUGUAUACAAAAUUGCUCACAAAGUGUGUUGUGGUUGUUGGUUGACUCCCAGAAAUCAAAAUUCAAAUUCAUCACUGUUUUCAGAUGCAAAAAACUUCAUUGUUUUGUAAUAGCUCAAUAUUUGUUUUUAUUUUAUCCUUUUUUGUGUUUCAUGAGUUCUAUAAUGAUUUGUAUUUUAAAACUUUAAUUACUAGAAUGGUUUCUUAAGCAAACAAAAGGCGUAUAUUGUUACUCUUACUCUUAUAUGUGUAGAUAAUUUGUUUUUUUUAUACCCUCCACCAUAUGAUGGGCGUAUACUAAUUUCGUCAUUCUGUUUGUAACACCUCGAAAUAUGUGUCUGAGAUCCCAUAAAGUACAUAUAUUCUUGAUCGUCAUGUCAUUUUAAGUCGAUCUAGCCAUGUCUGUCCGUCUGUUCGUCCGUCGAUUUGUCCUUCGAAAGCACGCUAACUUUCGAAGGAGUAAAGCUAAGCGCUUGUCAUUUUGCACAAAUACUUUUUAUUAGUGUAGGUCGGUUGGGAUUGUAAAUAUGCCAAAUCGGUCCAUGUUUUGAUAUAUAGCUGCCAUUUAAACCGAUCUUGGGUUUUGACUUCUUAAGCCUCUAGAGGGCGCAAUUCUCGUCCGAUUUUACUAAAAUUUUGCACGUGGUAUCACUUCCAAACCACUACGCUCUAAGUAUGGUUCAAAUCGGUCCAUGUAUUGAUGCAGCUGUCAUAUAAACCGAUCUUGGGUUUUGACUUCUUGAGCCUCUAGAGGGCGCAAUUCUCAUCCUCAAUUCUCAUUUGGCUGAAAUUUUGUAUGAGGGGUUUUGUUAUGACUUCCAAUAACUGUGCUAAGUAUGGCGCAAAUCGAUACAUAACCUGAUAUAGCUGCCAUAUAAACUGAUCUGGGAUCUUGACUUCUUGAGCCAAUAGAGCGCCGAAUUCUCAUCCGAUUUGGCUGAAAUUUUGCACGUGAUGUUUUGGCAUCACUUCCAACCACUGCGCUAAGUAUGUUUCAAAUCGGUCCAUGUUUUGAUAUAGCUGCCAUAUAAACCGAUCAGGGAUCUUGACUUCUUGAGCCUCUAGAGGGUGCAAUCCUCGUCCGAUUUGACUGAAUUUUUGAACGUGGUGUUUUGUUAUCACGUCCAACAACUGUGUGGAAGUAUGGUUCAAAUCGGUCCAUGUUUUGAUGUAGCUGCCAUAUAAACCGAUCUUGGAUCUUGACUUCUUGAGCCUCUAGGGGGCGCAAUUCUCGUCCGAUUUGUUUGAAAUUUUGCACGUAGUGUUUUGUUAUCAAUUCCAACAACUGUUUAAGAAAGAUUCAAAUCGAUUGGUAUUACUUCCAACAACUGUGCUAAUUAUGGUUCAAAUCGGUUCAUGUUUUGAUGUAGCUGCCAUAUAAACCGAUCUUGGAUCUUGACUUCUUGAGCCUCUAGAGGGCGCAAUUCUCAUCUGAUUUGGCUGAAAUUUUGCAUGAGUUUUGUUAUGACUUCCAAUUACUGUGCUAAGUAUGUUUCAAAUCGGUCCACGUUUUGAUAUAGCUGCCAUAUAAAUCAAUCUUGGGUCUUGACUUCUUGAGCCUCUAGAGGGCGCAAUUCUCGUCCGAUUUGACUGAAAUUUUGAACCUAGUGUUUUGGUAUCACUUCCAACAACUGUGCUAAGAAUGUCGCAAAUCGGUACAUAACCUGAUAUAGCUUCCAUAUAAACCGAUCUGGGAUCUUGACUUCUUGAAUCUCUAGAAGGCGCAAUUCUCAUCCGAUUUGGCAGAAAUUUUGUACAACCUCUUCUCUCAAGCCCUUCAACAUACGUGUCUAAUAUGGUCAGAAUCGAUCAAUAGCUUAAUACAGCUCCCAUAUAAACCGAUCUCCCGAUUUUGCUUCUUGAGCCCCUACAAGGCGCAAUUCUUAUCCGAAUGAACUGAAAUAUUACACAAUGACUUCUACAAUGUUUAGCAUUCAUUUAUGGUCCCAAUUGGACUAUACCUUGAUAUAGCUCCAAUAGCAUAACAAUUCUUUUUCAAUAUUCUUUGUUUGCCUAAAAAGUGAUGCUGCGCCCAGAACUCGACAAAUGCUAUCCAUGGUGGAGGGUAUAUAAGAUUCGGCCCUGCCGAACUUAGCACGUUCUUACUUGUUUUAGAUUUUUUCUAAUAACAUAGUACUAAGACUUUUGUUAGCUAUAUGUUUUUGUUUGGUAUGUUUUUCUGAAUUAUCUUACCAAGAUUAGAAAUGGUUUUUUGAAAUUUAUUGUAAAAAUUUUAGUAUGUUUAGAAAUGAACAUCAAUUAUUGAAAAUUUAUAAAAAAAUAUUUAUUUUUUAAUUUAGGCUAACAUUCCAAAAUUGUUUAUAUCGAAAUUUCUUUAAUUGAUUAGCUAACUAGUACAUAGAAAAUGUGUAUUUCUAACCUACGGGAAAUGUGUAGUCAAUUGCCCCAAAUAUACCCGUCCUUAAUUGGAGAAUUAGUUGUUACCUGUCACAGGACAUAUCCUACAGAGCAAGGCGUAUUUAUUAAAGUGGACGCAUCGGCGAAUUGCUACAACAAAGCAUCUUUUUUGGAAACUUGAUAUGUCAAAAUUUAUAAGCAAGGAGAAUAAAAUUCGCCUUCUCUCCAAAGAGGUGUCGCUCUGCGGCACGCCUUUCGGACUCGGCUAUAAAAAGGAGGCCCCUUAUCAUUGAGCUUAAACUUGAAUCGGACGGCACUCAUUGAUAUGUGAGAAGUUUGCCCCUGUUCCUUAGGGAAAUGUUCAUGGGCAAAAUUUGCAGGUGCAGGAUUGUGGCUAUCUUCAGGCGCAUAGUCCUUUUACCAUUCCUGACUAAUAUAUUGGGUUGCCCAAAAAGUAAUUGCGGAUUUUUCAUAUAGUCGGCGUUGACAAAUUUUUUCACAGCUUGUGACCCUGUAAUUGCAUUCUUUCUUCUGUCAGUUAUCAGCUGUAACUUUUAGCUUGCUUUAGAAAAAAAGUCUAAAAAAAGUAUAUUUGAUUAAAGUUCAUUCUAAGUUUUAUUAAAAAUGCAUUUUCUUUUUUUUUAAAAAUCCGCAAUUACUUUUUGGGCAACCCAAUAGCUUUAAAUGGCAGAUUGUAGGGAACUCUCCAACCCGCCUUACCGCCGUUUUGUCAUGCAUUUUGGCUUCUUCUUCAUUCUAGUGUCUUACAUUGUACUGACGUAAAUUUUAGAUGUGUUCUUUUGCCCUUUUUUAAACUAUUUGGGGGCUACUCAAUGGACCUAAGUUCGAUGAGUGAAGCUUUCAGAGAUUGAGGUUGUUAGACGCGUGCUGCCAAUAUUACCUAAGUUUAAGAACCAUAACAGCAACAAACAAAAAUCAAUUAAAAAAAUAUUUUUUUAAUUAAAACUUUAAAAAAAAAAAUUUUUUUUUUAAAGUUUAUAUUUUGUAAGGCGCAUUAAAAAAAUUAAUUGACGUAUCAAAUUCUAUCAGCUGGGUUGAUGCGGCCACCUGAUUAAUACGUCUUGCUACAGAGAAUGAAAAUUUUCAAUUGUCAUAACUUAUGAUUCUUAAUUAGAUUUUAAAAAGUCGCUUAAUUUUGUUGUUAAAAAUUGCUUAUCCGUUAAAUAUAUUUGCUAACUAAUGUUAUGUCCCUGAAAAAAAUACUUGCAAAGUAUACUCAUCCUUUGCGAAGUGUCCCAGGACCUAUCCUACGGUGUUAGAAUGGUGGCAGUUCGUCACCUCGAGCGACAAACCUUUAUAAAAGCGAUGGGUUUUUUUUUCAUGUUAGGGGACGAGAACUGCGACGGGUCCCUAUCACCAGAGGACCUAUCUCGUGAUAGGUUUGGGACCUAUCCCUUGACAGGUUUGGGACCUGUCCCAUUUCCCGUAGGGUAUGGACGCAUGUUUUUGUUUUUUUUUUUUUUUUUUUUGAUUAUUUUGUGAGCAACUGUUGCAAAGUUCCGUUUGUACUCUUUGUAGUAUGUCUGUGUAUUUAUGCAAAAAUUUAGUUUUUUUUUAUUAAUUAAUUUGCAUAUUUUAUUGUUUUAAUGCCACUACUCAAACUCACAUUAAUGGUUGAAUGCUUUACCAUCUUACCACUUACCACCUGCCACCUGUCUUAUCUAACUACCACUUAGACCCUAAAAGUUAUGAUAGACCUCCCCUCCCCUACUGUAUAUCCUGUAUUCAAAGUUAAUAUGCUCUGGCAAGAUGAACGAAGUUUUUAGUGCAUUAUUUACAUUAAUAAGUUAUAUUUGAAUAUAGUGAUGCUAAAUGUAAAAUAUGUAUUAAUAAUUGAGAACGUAAAUUGUUAUUUACUUUUUAGUAAAUAUAAAAAGAAAAUAAAUCAUAAACCCCUAAUAUUGUUGAAAACUAAAAAAAGGCCAAAUAUGUUUUUUUUUUUUUAAUUUUGUUAUCAUUUUGGUAUGGUAUCCACACCUGUGUUUUGAAAUCAUUUCUCCCCUUUAUCUUUCACCGACCGCUGGCUGUUCGUUAGUUUGGUCUUGGUCAUCCUGUUGCUGGUUGUGGUCCUCAUGCUUUUUGUUAUGGUUAUCACACUCCUCUGCAUUUUUCUGUUUCCCCAUAAAAUUUUCUUUUUAAUACUCUCUCUCUCCCACUCUCUCUC